AUGUCAGAAGAAGAAGCUCAACAAGAAGAAGGACAUGUUGAGAUUAAAGAAUUAUUGUUGAAAAUUCAAUUACCUAAAUUUUUGUCAAAUGAUAUAAUUGAAAUUCCAUCAAAUUAUGAAGAAACAAUUUCAGAUUUAAAACAAUCAUUAGCUAUUUUACCAAAAACAAAAAAUUUAACAAAUUAUAGUAUAUUCAUAAAUGGUAUUGAUUUAAAUGAAACUAAUUUUAAUUCAAAUGAUAUUUUAACAUAUAAAGAAGUUUCAAAAAUUGUUGGCCUUGAGGAAGUUUCAGAAUUAGGAAUUGAAAUUAAAGAAAAACCAUAUAAUUUAGCUGCUAUUUAUGAUCAAAUUCUUAGGUUUAGAGAUAAUAUUGGUUCACAUUAUGUUGAUAAAUUAGCUACUGAUUUUGGUGUUUCAUCUGGUGUUACAAGUUUUAAUAAAAUCGAAUUAGACGAGACUAUAGAACAUGAGGUUAAAGAAGGUGAAGAAUUUAAAUUAUCUGAUGAAGAAUUAUCAAAAAUUAAAUCAAUGACUGAAAAUUUCAUUCCAAAUACUAGAUUAGUAGAUAUUACCAAUUUUGAUAAUGUUGAUGAUAAUUUUAAAAUUCCAAUAAAAUCAUUAACUGUUUCACAAUGGUCACCAGUUCCUUCAUUUCAAAAACAAAAAGGUGAUUUAUUAUACUUGAGCUUGACUACUUUAGAAAAUGAAAUUUUACAAAUUACAUGUCAUUUUUCUGGUUUUUUCGUUAAUAAAUCAUCAUCAGUUACGUUUAAUCCUGAUUUGAAAACUAAUGAAAAGGGUAAAUUUUACAAAUCUUAUUUAUUAUAUGAUUUAAUUUCAAGUAUAUCUCCAUUAUUUUCAAAAAUAAUUGAAGAAAAUGAAUCUAAUUUAUAUAAAUCUACCGAAUUUCCAGAAUCUUAUUUAUUACCUACAAAUUCAUUUUUAUCAUAUCCAUGGGUAAUUCCACAAAAGAAUUGUAAUGUUAUUCCAGAUAUUUCAAGAUCUCAAUUACCUUUAAUUUCAAAUGGUGUUGAUGGAUCAGAUUAUAUUAAAGAAUGGAAUAAUGAUAUUCAAAUAUUAAAAGAAUUACCAUCAAAUUCAAUUCAAGAAAGAAUUAUAAAGGAUAAAUUAAUUCAUAAAACUUUAUUUGAAUUUAAUAAAAUUGCAACUGAUACUGCUAUUGAAAUUGUUAAAGGUAAUUUAUCGCCAAUGAAUCCAAAUGAAGAAAAAGAAAAAUUUAUAUAUCUUAAAAAUGGUAUUUUUUAUUCAACUGGUAAUGCUACAUUAGAUGUUUUUGAACAAACUGGUGGUGAAGAAGCUUCAAGAUAUGUUUCAAGUAAAGAUUUAGCAGCUAUUAAACUUUUAAAUAGACAUUCAACUGAAGGUAUUUCAAAUUUAGUUACUUGUAUUGUUGAUUAUAUGGGUAAAAGAAUUAUUUGUCAAGCUCCAGUUCCUGGUAUUUUAGAUGCUCCAAUUAAUGAAGAUAAUGAAAUUAGUGAAAAAGUAGUAUAUGGAUUAUCAUCAGAUUCAACAAAGAUAAAUCAAGAUCCUUCAUUUGAAAAACCUUUAAAACAAAUUGCUGAAAUAUUCCAUUUAAAACCUCAUAAAGUUGAAGUAAAUGAACAUGUUAAAUCUGAAUCUGAAUUAAUUGUUUCUAGAGAUACUAAAGGUUUAAAAGGAACCGAUGGUAGAAAUUAUGUUAUUGAUUUAUAUAGAACAACUCCAAGAGAUAUUGAAUUUAUUGAGGAAUUUUUUAAUAAAGAUUCAACUUCUUAUCCUCACGGUGAAGCUUUAAUUAGACAUGAAGCUAUUAAUGAAUGGUGGAAACGUAAAGUUUCAAUUUUAUUAAAAGAAGGUACUGAAAAAUUAGAGAAAGAAGGUAAAUUAAAACAAGGUGAUGAAACAAAACCACAAAUUGCAUUAUCUACUGAUCAAGUUGUUUUUAAUCCUGAUUCUUUUUCAAAUGAUUUAAAUGAAUCAAAAGAUGAUCAAAACGAAGUUAGAGAAAUUUCAAAAUUUGUUAAAAAUAUUUUAAUUGAAGAAUAUUUAAAUGAUAUUAAAACGCAAAUGGUUCCAUUUGAUGGUGUUCAAUUAACCGAAACAUUCCAUAGAAAUGGUAUUAAUAUGAGAUAUUUAGGUUAUGUUGCACAACAAAUUGAAAAGAAAUUGGGAGAAUAUAAAAAAGAAGUUGAAGAAUUGAUUAAAGAGAAAGAAAAAGAAGAAGUAUCAAAAGAAGAACCAAAAGAAGAAAAAGACGAAAAAGAAGAUGAAAAAAAGAAGGAAGAAGCACCAAGUAAAGCUAAAUAUGAAACUGUUAUUGCAAAUUACAAAACAUUACAAAAAUUAAUCAUUAUUGAAAUUGUAGCAAGAUCUUCAAAACAUGUCUUGAUUCAGUUAACUAAAGAUAAACCAACAUAUUUAAUUCCAAUUGUUGUUUCACAUUUUCUCAAUUGUUUAUUAGGUAAUGAAAUUUCAGAAACACCAGAAGUUAUAAUUGAAGAGAUUUAUAAAUCAUUUUACAAUGCUGAUGAAUUUGAAUUUACUAAAUUUACGCAUUCAAAAGUUAUUGCAAUGGUUAAAUUGGAAGCACUUAAAAGAUUUAGAUUUAAUUUACCUGAAAAUUUCACUAAUUGUAAAUUACAAUUAUUUAGAGAAAUUUCAAUCAAAUUUGGUAUUCAAUGGAAAUCACAAAAUUAUUCAUUUACAAAAAACCAACUCGAACAAAGUCAAGAAAACAUCAAAAUACAAACUAUCGAAACAAAAUCAUCCAAGAAAUCUAAAAAGAAAACUCAAACAAUUACAGAAAAGACAAUUAUUAGAACUACAACUUUCUUACCUGAAGAUAUAUUAAAUUUCUUACCAAUUAUCAAGGACUCAUUAUACAAAUCAAGUUUAAUUGAUGAAAUUUUUGCAAAUGCAAGAAAUAAUUUAAUUCAAGGUGAUAAAGAAUUGGGAAUUUCAAUGAUUAAUGAAUUAUUAUUAAUUCAAGAAACUAUUUAUGGAAAAGUUAAUCCUGAAACUGCUAGAUUUUAUUUAAUAAUUGCUCAAUUUUAUCAAGAUUUAGAAUUAAAUAAAGAAGCUGCAAUGAUUGGUAAAAAAGCAGUUAUAUUAUGUGAAAGAUCAUUAGGUUUUGAUUCAUCAGAUACUAUUACUUCAUAUAUGAAUUCAGCAUUUUUUGAAGCUCAUAAUAAUCAAUUGUCAAAUUCAUUAAAAUUAUAUCAACAUGCAAUUAAAAUUUGGUCAAUUACUUAUGGAUUAAAUCAUCCAACUUUAAUAAAUACAUUGACUAAUUUAUCCGAUCACUUACUUGGUUAUAAAUUAUAUAAACAAGCUAAAGAAUUUUUGGAAAGAGCAUUAAAAUUAUCAAUUGAAUUGAAUGGUGAAAUUUCCGAAAUUACUGCAUUAAUAUAUUAUAGAAUUGCAAAUGUUGACGUUAGUCUUAAUUUAUAUAAAUCAUCAAUUGAAAAUUUUGAAAAAUCUUAUGAAAUUCUUAAAAAAUUUGUUGGUCCAAAUGAUACAAUGACAAAACAAAUUCUGUCAUAUAUUGAAAACAUUAAAUUGUUAAUUAAUUAUAUGAAGAAAGAAAAUGGAAAAAAAGCAAUGAAGAAGAAAUCUCCAUCACCACCAACAAGUUCAAGUUCUAAUGGUUCAAAAAACGGUAAGAAAUCAAAAUCAAAAAAAUCAAAUCAAACUUUACCAGACCCUGAAAUUGCAAAUCAAUCAGUAGAUGCAAUUUUAAACUUUAUUGAAGGUAAUACAACUUCAAAAUCAAAAAAGAAAUAA